AUGCAAUUUUUAUUUCAAUACAAGCUAUUCAAAUAAUGUUUGAAAAAGCAUUUAAGCAAAUUCUUUAGAAACUUGUUAAAAAAAAAAAUUAGCAAAGGAAAGUGUGGCACCGUACUAUGUAAAGUUACAUUUUUAUACUCCACAAGAAACUUAAAUAGUUGUCAUAACAAACAAACAAUCAAAAAAACUUAAAUACACCUUCCUUUGUAUGACUCGUAAAAUAGUCUUGCAAUGUAGCUAGGAUGUUUUCCUUUGACACAAAAAGUAGUGCAAAUUUUAUUUAAUAAAUGUGACAAAUAGGACAAAAUGUGUCCGUUUACAAAGCCAUAACUGCAAACCUACAAAUUGUCAUUGAAAAAAAAGUCUUUUUUUGUCGGUUACCUUAGAUGAACGUACUCGUGCACCAGCCCUUUGUAAGUAGCCCAGAGGGGGAAAAAAAAGUUUGUCAAGUGCUGCUCAUGCAGCCUGACUGGCAAUACCGGUUCCACAAACACAACUUUACAGAGGCUGAAUGCUACAGUACUGACAACGCAAAAACGGCUCUCACUUCCUGUAAACCUGUGGGGAAGCGCUGCGACUACAACAGCUGUGAGGUAGACCAGACUUGAAAACAAAUGUCAGCAGAUCGCUUCUUUCCCCUCCCAAAGGAGAAGCUGCUUACUUUUGUGCGGGAUAUCGAGAUUGCCGUCCAGUUUUUUUUUUUUUUGUUCGUGGUGGGAGAUGCUGUGCAUAUGCGUUGUGGAUGAACGUCAGCUGUACUGGACUGCAAGAGUUCUUGAUACUAAGGAUUCUUAUGACUUAUUGAAUGACCAGAUUGUGUAGCAGCAUUUACCGAUUCCCACCGUAACCGAAAAAAAAAAAAAAAAUGUAAGUCGCUUUUGUUAUUCAUUAUUAUAUUUUACUUUGGGGUGUUUACCGUUGUGGUCUUGAAAAAAGGACCAUUUUAAAAAGAAUACAGGACGACGCUACAAAACACACGUUUAUGGCAUCGCAUGGGUGUUUUUUUCUAACCUGUUAAUACAUGUCUCUAAAUACUUUCCAUUCCUGCCAAUGGAAGAGGAAUACAAAACUGUGUUUCUGAAGGAACUGAUUAGCCCACGCCACCCACGCUGUUAAAAAGUACAGACAUUUUUGGAGACAAAACAAAAGAUAUAGGUUAUUAGCUGGGAUUGCUGUAUCUUUAGAACCCCGUGUAAUUGUUACACGAGUCAAUUUACUAGCAACUUUUAUCGCCUGCGACCAAAUCCAGUGAGGAUUGCCCCGUGUAACAGCCCUGACAACUUAUUGUCAAAGUUCUGGCAACGCGAUGGCUUGAGUGGACAGCGAUCAGAGUCCGAGCAACAGAUUCCAGGUGAUCCUCAAGUGCUUUCCUGGCUCCUUGGGUUAACGACACUGACAUGACCACUGCUUGCGUGUCAGGAACAACCCCAGGACAAGAAUGACUCCCUGCCAAGCCUUCUAGUACUGCAAAACUGUCACCAUGAGGAGCCUAUAUGGACAGUAUUACAACUUGUCCGUCAUCGAGGAGCAUUACAGAUACACAAAGAAUGUCUCCAAGGCUGGCGUCAUGGCCAGCACCAAGGACGGCCUCCCCACGAUGUCCAUCUUGUUCGUACUGGUGUGCUGCGUCAUCAUUUUGGAAAACCUGCUGGUCCUGAUCGCGGUCUUUCAGAACAAGAAGUUCCAUUCCGCCAUGUACUUCUUCAUCGGCAACUUGGCGUUUUCAGACCUUCUGGCCGGAUCGGCCUACAUUGCAAACAUCUUGUGGUCCGGACGCAGAACCUUUGAACUCUUCCCUGUCCAGUGGUUUAUACGGGAAGGUACAGCUUUUAUAGCCUUGGCAGCGUCUGUUUUCAGUCUGCUGGCCAUCGCCAUUGAGCGCUACAUCGCCAUCACCAAGGUCAAGGUCUAUGGAAGCAACAAGAGCUGUCGGAUGUUCUUCCUGAUCGGCGCUUGUUGGAUAACUUCCAUAGUUCUCGGCGGCUUACCAAUAAUGGGGUGGAACUGCAUGAACAACCUUCCGCUGUGUUCGGCUGUCCUGCCUCUGUUCUCCAAGAUGUACAUCUUGUUUGUGGUCACCAUCUUCUCCAUCAUCCUCCUGUCGAUUGUGAUCCUCUACGUGCGCAUCUACCUGAUUGUCAAGUCCAGCCGCCGGGAGGCCGCCGCGUCGCCGGCUUACGCCUUGCUGAAGACGGUCACCAUCGUUCUCGGGGUCUUCAUCGCCUGCUGGCUGCCCAGUUUCGUCAUGCUCAUCCUGGACGUCUCCUGCCCCGCCCAGGGUUGCCCGAUACUUUACAAGGCACAUUAUACCUUCGGGUUUGCGACCCUCAACUCUCUCCUCAACCCAAUCAUUUACACGCUGAGGAGCAAGGACAUGCGCAAGGAGUUCUUGAGGGUCCUCUGCUGCUGGUGGAUCUUGAAAAACGUACGCUCCAAGGACCGCUGCAUGAUUCCUCUUAAGAGCUCCAGCUCUUUAGAACACUGCACCCACAAACACGAACACCAGACCCCCAUCAUGCAGGACUGUACAACGUGCGUAUAAGCUUUAGUGUUAAGUCUACAUCCCGAGUUUUUGUUGGGGGAUGGGGGUUAUAUAUACAGGGCGAUCAAAUAUCAAAGACUGUCAGGUUAUAAGGAGAAGAGUUGUGCUUGUCAAACAAACAGCCCACUAAGAUCAAGUUGUAUGGAGACAAUUCUAACCCAAGAGGUGAAAUUCAGAAAGGAUUCAGUCCAGUCAUGCUGCGCCGAGCUGCUCAGAGAUAUUAGGAAUGCAUUCACCAAAAGGUACAUCAGAUUAGGUCCUGAGGUUCAUUUCCAUCAAUUUGAAUCUCACACAGGGAUGAGUUUUGAUACCAAAGUAACUGUCAUAGUGAGGUUCUGCUGUCGCUUUGAGUCUUGUGUGGGAUGAUUCAUCAAUUGCAAGCGUCUGUGCCGUUGUGUUCAGUGCAGUAUAUCGUACAAAAUCUGGUGGAAGUAUAAGCGAACAAAAGCAGGACGAGGGAGGUUUUGUGUUAUGCUGGGGUUUUUUUUUUGUUUUAAGAAAUUGUGAACAAAUCCAAUCUUGUUAUAGGUGGAAGACUGAGAGGACAGGAGACUGAAUCCUCAACCCUGGACUGGAGGGAGCACCCUUUCUCUUACAGGGUGAGGGAGGGAGCAGAUCAGUCUUUAUAAUUCAAACCCUGGACUGGAGGAAGCACCCUUUCUCUUAGGGGGUGAGGGAGCAGUUCAGUCUCUGUGCCUCAAGCCUGCCCUGGACUGGAGGGAUCACCCUUUCUCUUAGGGGGGUGAGGGAGGGAGGGAGCAGUUCAGUCUCCAUGCCUCAAGCCUGCCCUGGACUGGAGGGAUCACCCUUUCUCUUAGGGGGGUGAGGGAGGGAGGGAGCAGUUCAGUCUCCAUGCCUCAAGCCUGCUCUGGACUGGAGGGACCUUGAAGUGUAGUCCCCAUGCUCAAGCAAUGGUUUGCAUCUUAGCCAUCCAAGAAAGUUGUCUAAUCCACUAAAAUGCAUUUCACUUAGGCCCCUGUAUAUGUAGAGAAUAUGGAAUUGACUUUAAAACCACUACUAACCAAGGCAAGAGCCUACAGCCAGGAGUGGAAAGGGUUAAUACAGACACAACAUUGCAACCCAUUGUUGUAGGUGGGAGGAGAUUGCUUUAGGCACAAUCAGGCUAUAAAUAUAUUUGAACCUUGCUUCUAUUAUCAUGCUUGAAAAUAUAAACAUAAAAAAUGUAGGAGAUUUUAAAAGGCAUAAAGCAGAUCAUAUAUAUAAAACACACUUAAUUAAAAUUACAAAACAUUAUGUUAAUAUGACAUACAUACGGCAAACCCUAAUUUUAAACAGUAUUUAUUAUUUUAAAACUAUAAUUUGGCUAAACGUUUUUUCUGAUUUGCUGGGUAAGACCCUGCUUAAUCAGGCUCAAUACAGAAAUCUACACCCCUCAUCACUACGGUACUAGUAGGAGUAAAUGCCAAACCAGAAUGAGUGAAUCUGGGAAAGCCCACAACAAUUCACUGAUAUUUAGCGGCUGCAGUUCACAUAGUUUUAGUUGCUGCAGCAGAAUGAUGGUUUUGCAGGACUGCUCAAGUUCUGCUGCAACAAUGAAAUCUUGACCCUUUUUACUGCAGCCACAAAAUCUGUAGAUUUGUAGUAAAAAAAAAAAAAAAAGUUUAAUUGAUUUGAUCUGUUUCUCAGCAUAACCCCGUAUUUUGGUUUUUGGUUCGAUGGGAUGCUUUUUGCUGUACACACAGCAAGGUUAGAAAAAUAAUCUGGACUCACUCAUUCAAUGGGGGGUUUCCUGCUUCGCUGUGACUCCUUGUGUUUUAUAGUCAAGAACAAAAGAAAAUACACCUUGGGUCAGUUUUCGAUCUGACUAAAUAUCCACCCCUCUGUCCAUUCCAUGCACAACCACCCAGUGGAGUCAUAAGACUAACUAACAAUUAACUAAUUGAACAGACUGUAUGCUGCACGGUGGUCGUGAAUCUAGUGAAAAUACCAUUAUAACACAAUGUGAUAACAUUCUAUUAAUACCCACGGAUUAAACCAUUAUUGAGCACCGCUGACCAGUGGCUGUGGCUGGAAUGUUUUAGAGCAGCAAAAGAAAAGUAAUAUACAGAUUUAAAAGAAUUUAAAGUCUGACUAUAAGCGCUGCAUCGGAGCUGUUAUCUAUUUAAUCUUGGGCCGACGCACGCAUGUGUACAAAAACCGACACAGUCUGUGAAACUUAAAUAAUGAAAAAGCACAUUGAGCAAGGCAUCCUUCUGUCACUGCCGGUUUAACCUACAGUCUUCAUAGGAGAGCAGCCUUAAAAGUGUCCGUUCUUCUAAAGAACAAAAUAAAAAAUAAGGUUCCCAUUGCAAAGCAGUCUGAAGCAUUCCAGGUUUUACUCUGAUUGCAAAACCUGGACUGGAUCAAGCAGCAGUGCAACGGGAGUCUUGUUUCUAUCCUUGGGGAUGAUUCAUAUAUAUAUAUAUAUAUAUAUAUAUAUAUAUAUAUAUAGUAUAUAUAGCAAGUAUUGCAUGUAAUGUGUUCAAUGUGUCUCCUGCCUACUCUCUAUGUUAACAGAAAUAUGUUUUUCAAUCCAUUGCCACUAUUGAGGAUAUAUAUAUAUAUAUAUAUAUAUAUAUAUAUAUAUAUAUAUAUAUAUAUAUAUAUAUAUAGCUAGAGUUGGAGGCAGAUUCAAUUGAAAAGAUACAGAGGAACUUGUACAGGCUGGACACACAUGUCACGUGAAGCAGUAUGAAGAGUUAGUACGUGGUACAGAAAGACAAGCCGUUUUCAUUUUAUAAUGUACCGUACUGUGGAAACCAAUACGCCGAUGGUGCAAGGCUUUUUCUGAGCUGGAGUUUAUGCUGUGUUGGGAUGCCAUUGUAAUCCCAGUGUAUUACCCUGGAGAUAGAUCCAUCAGCAGACCAUCACCAGCCAUGGCGAUGCAUACUGAACAAACGCUGCACCGUGGUCCUGAGACCAUUAGCAUAUUACCAAUGCAUCACACCAUCUUCUUGUCAUGUGACAGACAUGUAUGCAUUGCACUGCAGUCUGAAGUUGCAUGCUGCAUGCAUACUGUAGCACAGAAGAUCCACGCUGCAUGCCGUAUUGUUCCAUAACACUGUGUGUGCGUGUUCAGCCUUAAUUAGGUCUAAUGACUCACUUAAACAGAAUCAUUCACUGUUGCUACUUGCGUUUAGGGUGUGCCCUUGUGUAGUGCCGUAGGGCUGUGGGAAAAAAGAAAGUUGCUCUGUAUUUUUGUACUGAAUCCGACUCUUGUCUAGAAUGUUUAAUGUGAAAGUGUGACGUCACAGCACAGUAUUAUUGUUGUUCGAUGAGAAGUUUUUAAUGUGUAGAAAAAUCGUAAUUUUUUAAAGCACUUCCAAAAAAAAAAAAAAAAAUUAAUAGAAAAAAGAAAUUUGAAGAUAUAUUGAAGUCAUACCCAGACUGUUUGUUGGCGUUUUUGUUUUUGUUUAAAAAGGACGCGAUCUGCUAAUGUGAUUUCGAAGGCGACAUCGUUCAAGCGGUUUGUAAAUUGCAGUUCAAAUGCAUGUUAAAACUACGAUUGCAAUGGAAUUACUGUGAUAUGUUGCAGUUACAGUGCUAGCUAGUGCAGAUUAACUGACAGUCACGCAUCUGUAUUGCCAUUGGUUCCAAUUUUUUUCUCUUUUGAUUCAGUUAUUUUCAUCAGGGGCAGCAGAAACAAGAUUUGGUCUAAUCUGGACAGAAAAUAUGUUCUAUCUGUUUUGAAUGUGAUAAAUUAGAACUGGUUAGUAAUAUCUCCUGAUUACAUCCUAGGAUGUCCCCAAAGGAUAUGCUAAGCAGUA